UUCCUCAUAGAAUCUCCAAUAUUUUUAAUUGGGCACAGGCUGUGACAGCAAAUUUAAAUGCUGAUCCGAGUUCCCAUUUUACUAAUUUAAACGCACUUCUCCUUCAUUGGUUAGUUUUGAUGAGGGUGGGGUCUCACUAGAGAGUCUUUUGACGUCGCGCUCGUUCAGAUGGGUUUUAACAGAGACGCAAUCUGUGUUGGAGCAGAAAAAAGUGCUCCAAAACCAUGAUUGAGGAGAAGAAAACAGUCUAAUCAAGUGCUCAUGAGGUUGGAAGUGUUUUGAUGUUGCUGUCAAUCUCUCCUCUUUGCUUCAAGUGGGGCUUCACUAGUGGACACCACCAGUGUCAUUUCUGCAAGCUGAACGUCAGCUGGGCAUUACGAACAGCGGCUUCAUCAGUCUGUGGUCUCUUUCACUUUUCAGCACAAGUAUGACCAGAAGACCCUCGCCCUGACGCGCGCUGGUGCGUGCAUGCUGCUGGACCAGGGUGUGUGAGGACUAGCAUGAAGCGCCAUGGGUUGGUGCGACCGCGGGGUUCAAACGCUCCUGGCCACGGCAGGAGCUUUCGCCGCCUUCAGCCUGAUGACCAUCGCUAUUGGCACGGACUACUGGCUCUAUUCGCGGGCAUACAUCUGUAAUGGCACCAACGUCACCACAGACGAGAUCAAAACUAAGAAAGGCGAUCUCACCCACUCAGGACUGUGGAGAAUCUGUUGUAUUGAAGGCAUCAAUCAAGGCAGCUGCUACUGGAUCAACCACCUUUCUGAUGACGACGACUAUGACACGGACCGCUCUGAAUAUCUGCUGCGUGUUGUUCGGGCCUUCAGUGUGUUCCCCAUCCUCAGCACCACCCUGUUGAUGCUUGGCGGGUUGUGUGUUGGUGUAGGGCGAGCGUACAACAAGACAAAUAAUGUACUCCUCAGUGCAGGCAUUCUUUUUGUAGCCGCAGGCCUAAGCAAUAUCAUCGGUAUCAUUGUCUACAUCUCAAGCAACACUGGGGAUCCAGGUGACAAGCGAGACGAUGACAAGAAGUACACCUACUCCUAUGGCUGGUCCUUCUACUUCGACGCCCUCUCCUUUAUUGUGGCUGAAACUGUCGCCGUCCUUGUCAUCAACAUCUACAUCGAGAAGAACAAGGAGAUCCGCUGGAAGGCGCGGCGCGAAUUUAUCCGCUCGCUGUCCUCCUCUUCGCCAUACUCUAGAAUACCCAGCUUCCGCUACCGUCGGAGGAAUUCUCGCGCCAGUUCGCACUCUACGGAGGCCUCUAGGGAGAACUCGCCUGCAGGUGGCAUGAAGGGGGCAACGUCUUCCAGCGGGCCCUUGGAUGAGCUGUCCAUGUAUGCCCUCGCAAGGGACAGUGUAACUGAGAACACAUACAGCCCUGAGCAUGAGGGAAGUGCCGAAUUCCUGCAGGUUCAUAACUGUUUCCCAAAUGAUUUAAAGGAUGGAGUAAAUCGCAGAACCACGCCUGUGUGAGUGCGAGGAUUGUAAGGUCAAGGUUGACCUGAGUGAUGGUGUAAAAUCAGCAGUCUGAUGUACCGAAUCAGCUCACCCUGUGAAAAAGAGCCUCUCAAUUUUGUGAAAGGACCAAAAGUAGACAGGACAGUGAGAAGGAGAGUAGAUGAGCCAAUUAACAAAACGGGGAGAAAAUCGCUUGCUUUUAGAGUUCACUGAAGUAGUACAGAGUUACCAAGGUCUGUGCUUUAACCAAUUCAGUUUUUAUUUUUGAACUGUUCAUAUGUGAGCAGUCUGCUAACACAUUCAAUGUUUACAAAAUUAUUCCCACACUUUUUAGCUAAACUUGAGAAUGAAACCUUGAGGCUUGUAAUUCAGAUGUAUUCUACAUAUUAUUCAAACAACAUGGUGCUAAAUGAAACAUAUUCUUCAGUGUUCCAUUUGUAUGUGGCGUUAGCUCUAGUUUCUCGUUGUAUUCCAUGUUAGGCUCUAAAUACAACCUUGAAAGAGAGUCAGUGUCUUUACAAAAUUAUAUCCUUACUAAACUGUGAUGUACUGAAUGUUUAGUAUUUAGGCUAAUUUUAUCUCUGUAUUGUUUGUUCUUUAAUCCCUGAACCCUCUAAAGGUGGACACAAAGCGGAGUCAAGAUUUUGCGCUUAUGCAAGUGGUUGCACUUGCAUAAGAGCCUACCUUCUCAAAUGGAGGCAUCCGUCUUAAAACAAAAGACAAAAAAGCUCUAGAGAAGCCUGAGCUUAACAAACAAACACACACACACACACACACAACAAAAGUCAGGACUACUUUUGGCUCCAAACAGAGUCUUGGCAUCAAGUUUUUAAGAGAUAAUAAUUAGAACCAAGCAGAGAUUUCUUGUCUGUCUGUCAAAGCUUGAACGUCUGGCAGGCUUGCCACUCUACUGCCAAACACCAAUCCUGCACAGAAGCCAAGGGAGCCGUGUGGAACUGUAUCUCCCAAGGAUUUAUCCCCAUCUACAUGAGCUGUGCUGCAAGUUCCUGACUGCUCUGUGUGUUAGUUCUCUCAGGAAAUACAGCAAAGUUGUGGCAGGUUGAAUCCUCUGAGGUCUGCAAGAAGUCGGACCAGUGACGAAGACAAACCUUGAGAAAAAUAAGUGAAGAAAAGUAAAAAUGCCAUGAAAUUCUUUAGUAAAUACUGUGAGUGUUGUCUGAGCCUCCUGGGCUCAGUUGACCAGAGAAAAGUGUUAGAGGAGACAAUACUUCAUACUAUGAAGAGCACAUGUAAAAAAAAAGCCAUCAGUGUAGGUCUUUCACUUUUAUAUAUCAGUCUGAAAAAGUAAAUGUAAUGUAAAGCUGUCAAUAAAAGUGUAAUAAAAAAACAUGCCAAUGUGAAAAGAGAAUUCAAAGCAUUAUUUAAUGAAAGAUUGUCUCAGUAAUCAAACUUUGACCAGUCGGGCAAUGAUCAUGUGAUUCAACUUACCUUUUUAUAUUCAGCUAAGACUAAUAUUUCUGUUAUGAGUCGGUGAUUCUAUUAAAUAUUUCGUUUUGUAAGGUGAAGUACAGUGAGUAUGUUUAGGAAAAGAAACUAUAUUUCUAUUCCAUGUAUGAGCGGCAGCUGUAUUUCACUGUAUGUGCUUACACUAAUUUAUGACUGACUAUGUAAUAAAGCACCUUCUCUGUUGUCAUUAUUAAGCAUUCAAAAUUUGGAUCAUUCGGAGGGAAGGUAAAGAACUGGUUAAGCUGCACAGUUAUAAAAAAGUGAAGAAUCUGAGGCUCCCAUCUUUUUACUGAGGAGUUCUGUUAUACACUAUGUUCAGUACCAAACUAAUCUCUUAUGUAAAGGUAAUUCAGUGCCUUUUUAUGAUCUGCUGUAUUUCCCACUUUCAAUGUUCUUACAAAAAGAAGAAAAAAAUAUUUUUAACUUGUGUAUUUCCCCCGACAUACUGUACCUGAAUAAACAAACAAAAUCAGGGUCA